AAAAAAAAAAACAAAAAAAAACAAAACAAAAUUUAAAGUAUUUGCAGUAAUGGAAGACUGUACUAACACUAAACGAAUUGCUGGUACCGUAGAAGAAGAGAUGAAAGAAGCAGAAGAGACUUCAAACACAAGCUUGCUAUCUAAGAGGACAAAAUUUACUUCUCAACAGUUGGAGGAUUCGGAGAACAACGACGAGGAGUACUACAACAACGUCUUACCGUCAGCCAACAAUGAGCUCAAAAACGAUCACGUUUCUGUCCAAACGGCGACGUCCUCUGCUUUCUUCUCGGCUCCUCGCUCCUCCAGCAAUGACUCGCUUCAAAUCGUCAAGGAUUCCUUGAGUUCCACAGAUCUGGAGUUGGGACUGAGGGGUCGUCAUAAUAAAUUUCGCGUUUAUUUAAGGGAGGUUACCAGCUUUGAAACCGAUAUUUCUACGAGCAACAACAAUUUCAGGUUUUCUUGCAGGGAGGCGAGUCCGUUGAGAGAGAUUUGCGUAGCCUCACAGAAAGCCUCAAUGGACUCAGUACUGGCGAACAAGCCGCCAACGUCUCGCCGGGGAAUUCCGCCGGCGGUGACUGUUUCAGCGGCUAGGAUGCCGUCACUGGUGGAGAUCGAUGAGUUUUUCUCUGCAACUGAGAAGAACGAGCAGAAACGAUUCGCAGAGAAGUACAAUUAUGAUAUCGAGAAGGAUGUGCCGCUUGAAGGUCGCUACCAGUGGAUUCAGUUGAAGCCUUGAAAUGGAAAAGAGAGAAAGAGAGGGGGACAAAAAAGGCUAAUUCACAGUGGGUAGUAUAGAAAAUAUGUGACAAGUGGGUUGGUUUAUUAAUGGUUGACAUUGUACAGCUUUCUGCCUUUCUCUAUCUAUCUAAAUAUAUGUAAGAAGCUAGCUCAGUUCAGCUCAAGCUCACUCACUCUGGUUUUCAGUACAAAUACAUUAAUCAAAAGAGAGAAGCUUCUUAUUCUACUUAUAUAUAUGAAUAAAAAUUUCACGCACUUCCAUCCCCAUUUUGCUUU